AUGGCACCUCCAUUCGGCCAGACCGAGGCCAACCGCUGCAAGCUCUCCUUCUCCGGGGGCGGCGCUGCUGCUCGGAGACGUGCCAUGAUGCUCGCCCUCUCCGCGGCGCUGCUGCUCGGAGACGUCUACCUCCACAACCCGCGAGGCUCCAACAACAAGCUCAACGAGCAGAACAACAACGUCCAGAACAACAACCGUCUCUUCGACUCGCAGAACAACAACGCCGGCGGCUAUCAGGUCGGCGACAGAUGUGACCCCGUUUGCCAAGGCGCCGGCGGCCUCAACCCGGGCAGCACCGAGUACAAUCGCAGCCUGCCCGGAGCCGCGCAGGGUCAGAUGUACUUCUACGAGGGCAGCGUCCUCGAGUUGGAGUGGACCAAUCAGCACGGAUGCGGCAGCAAACAGGGCAACGUAGAGUGCGAAAUCGUCAUCCAGUACAUGUGCAACGACGGAGCGGGGCCCUACUCGUCGCCAACUUUGCGGGACGGUCUCGAGUUCUCGAGGGUUGACGGCACCGCCGGCGGACCGCAGGGCCAGGCGCCCUCGGCUGGGCGCGCGAAUGAGAGUCAGCGCGCUGGCAUCUACAACCUCAACGUGCGCGGCCGGCGGGGGAACAUCGUCCAGGUCUACCCCAGCGUCGAGUACGACUUUGUGCCCUCCAACCUCGAGGUGUCCGAGGGCGAGUGCGUUCACUUCCAAUGGACUGGGAGCGACGCGAACCAGGGCGGCAACGACGGCAACGGGCGCGACAAGACCGACCGCUCCAACCUCGUCGAAGUUGCGAGCCUCGGUGACAGCCGCCCGGCGAGGCAAGCGUUCGCCAGCGGCGAGCCCGCCGUCGCGUCCAUGUUCGUCGAACGGCAAGCGGUGGCCUGGUGGACCCACCGCUCGGACGAGGAGACCGAGUGGAACUACUCGAUGGCGGGCGCCCGCACGCCGUCUCUGAUCUGCGACGACGAGACCAACAACGAGAACGACGUGCGCGGCUGCAAGCACAUCAACGCGGCGCCCGCCUACUUUGAUGGCGGCCUCGUGCAGAUGAAUCGGCCGGGCACCUUCCACUACAUCUCGACGCGCAACAACGACUUCUCCAACCGGAGCCAGAAGGCCACCCUCGUGGUCCGCGGCUGGAGGCUCACGCUCGUCGUCGCCGUCGGGGUCGUCCUCGCGGUGGCGUGCCUCUCGGGCGUCUGCCUGCUCCGGCGGCACGCGCGGCACCAUCCAGACGGGCGCCUCGCGCGCUCGCGCCUCGGCGCUCUGCUCGUCAGAUGCCCGUCCCUCACCGCCAUGGUGCAGCGCUCGCUUGCCUGCCGCUACCCGGCCACCACCGCCCUGCUCUGCCUCUGCGCGGCCCUCUGGGGUGUCGGCUUUCGGCUCGCCCUCGAGCGGACCGGUGCCCCUCCGUCCUACCCGUAUGCCAAGGGCUUUGGGAUGGCGCUCAACGUGCUUUGCAAUCUCGUCUUUGUGCCGGUGAUGCGGAAUCUCAUCUCGUGGCUCCGCACCACCUCCGCGGCAGCCUUUCUCCCGGUCGACGACACCGCCUACUUCCACAAGCUCAUCGGUGCGCUCAUCCUCUCCGCCGCCGCCGGCCACAUCGCCUGCCACUACUCCGCCUACUCGUGGCGCGCGACCUACGGCGCCGGUGGCAGCGUCGCGGGGCAGGCCCUCGGCCGAUGGGACGGCUUGUCGGGCCACCUCAUCGCGCUCUUCAUGCUCCUCAUGUCGCUGACUGGCCUGGAGCGCUUUCGCCGAGCGCGCUUCGGGCUGCCGGGCCGUCGUGGCAAGGUUGGCGGGUACUCGAUCUUCAGCCACGUGCACAAGCUGUGGGUUCUGGUGCUGGCGCUUCUCUGGUUCCACUCGCGCAGCUUUUGGAAGUUCAGCCUCUUCCCCACGCUCCUGCUCGUCCUCGACAACCAGGCCCUGCUGCAGCAGGACUUGGUCACGGUGGCACCCGCCGUGUCGGACGUCGAGGGCGGACCUCGUCCGAGCAUCCGCACGAAGCGGCUGAUGUCGCUGUCGGAUGAUGACCUGACGCGGGCGGUCGAGGCCAGCCCGGCCAUCCCGGCGCCGCUAGGGGGCGUGCCUGUCGGCCGGUCAUGCGGCCCGUCCCUCUGCGUGGACGGGCCGUACGGCAGCUCUUCGGAGGAGGUGUUUCAUUACGAGGUUCUCCUCCUCGUCGCCGCCGGCAUCGGAGUGACGCCCUUCGCGUCCAUCCUCAAGACCUUGGCGCGGCAGGCGCAGACCAACCGCCUCGAGACGCCGCUCAAGCGCUGCUCCUUCUUCUGGAUCUGCCGCGACGAGCGCGAGUUUCAAUCCUUCAAGGACGUGCUCGUCGACAUCCUCGCCGACACGGCCCUCGCCAACAUCUUCGAACUGAACACGUACAUCACGGGAGAGGUCGACCUCAAGGCAGUCACCGCCGACGCCUCGUACAACCAGUUUGCGGGCAAGCCGGACUGGGGCCGCGUCGGCCGCGCACUGGGCGAAAGCUUCCCCGCUUCUGACGUCGGCGUCUUCGUCUGCGGGCCGAGCGCGCUGAGCAACCAGCUCUCCGCCAUGUGCCGCACGCUGACCCCGCCCCGCCGCCGCGAACGCCGUAACUAUGGCGCGGCAGCCGACGAGAAGUCUGUGUACGCGGAGCCGCGCAAGGGCAAGUUUGUCUUCCACAAGGAGCACUUUUGAGAGGAGACCAGACGCGACAGGACUCAGCGGACAGCGCUCGCGGCUGGGUCUGAGGACUUGCGCGGCAGAGUUGAGAGGGGCGAAUGCGCGCGCGGCCGCGGGCCGGGAGCUGCUUCACCUUCAGGGGCUUCAGGCUUCAGAGCCUGCUGGGCCUGCGCCUGGAAUUACUGAGUGGAAUGCGAAACAUGCCGCUGGAUCUGGAUGGGUUCGUCUUUCGAGGUGUCGCGAGUUUCCAGUUUGGUGUUGAGUUGUCGCACACAUGAGAAAGUUGAGACAUGUCGCGAGAGCCGAGAGCGAGCUGGUCGGUUGAGUAUAUCGCGAGUUGGUGUUGAGUGUUGUCGAGCUCGAGGCCAGGAGGAACAGAGGAUUGUAGUCACGUCACACGAAAAGUAUAAGUAUU